AAGAUCUUAAAAAGUUCGAUUUUAUAUGGAAUACAGAGGUGCGCAGCUGGCUUACCGAUUACGUUAACUAUCAACUAUCAAUUUGAAUAAAUGCAGAGGAAGCAAUCAAUAUCCUGACUUCUACCGUAUGUGCAGAGAAGCCUGGAGAUGCCAGGGAAUAUAUCGGUAUAAACGUUGCAAUUAUCCAGGACGAUUGACAGCAGGGCUAUCAUACAUUUUGACCUCUCAUCCUAACUUCAUCUUUAUACAUCCAUCAAAGCUCAAUCCAGAGAAGAGAUCGAAGGAAUACACCAGAUGCAACACAAUCGGGCCUCCACAAGGGGACCAUCAUGGAUUCAUGAGUCCCCGAUUAUACAUAUGUGGGAUACAGACGAUGAAAAGUGUGGUAUAAAGGCGAAAGGUGUACCCGGAGCUCCUUCACUAAGGAAUAUCGCUAUGCGAUGCGCUCUGGCCGAUCAGAGGAAUCUGGGCCUGGAGUCUUUUCAGGGCCUGCCCUGGCAUUUUGCAAGCGAGAUGUGGGAGUGUCUUGGGCGUUACGGAAAGCAGACGCUAUACAUGUGGAAACUGCUCGCAAAAGUAUAUCCGGAUCAAUUCCGCCAGGUCGCACCGUACAAGUGUAUGAAAGUCAACUGUCCCAGAAUGUCCGUACGCAAGUAUCUGGGUUUGACGCAAGGCGAUGCGUCGAACUGGGCUACCGUCAUCACGCUGGCUGCUCCAUUUGCGCGGGUCCCGGAGCUCGUGGACAUUCCUAAUGUCGCCAAGAACCUGGUUGCGUUGGAAAUUAGUACUGUGUCCGAGGAGCUGCGAUUCAUGACUGAUCCGGACGAUGUCAAUGAUGAAGAGACGACGACGAUGACGUUAAGUGACAGGAUCGUUCGAACUUGGAGUGAACUUGCGCGGUCGUCUGGCGCAUUUGCGCAUCUCCGUGUACUCAGUCUACGUGACCAAGCUGAUCUCUCGCGCAUGGCUUUGCAUUAUCUCACGUCCUUUCCUGCGCUGUGCGUUAUUCUUAUCCAGAAUUGUCCGAAGAUUACUCUUUCUAAGGGCAUUGAGCAGAAUGGCUGGGCGGCUGGUUCCUUCUCACAGUUGGUCAGGGGUACUGAUGAUAGCUGGAGUUAUUCGCUGUACGAGCUCUACAAGGCGAGUCUCUUAGCUGUCGACACUGAGUAUACUCUGAGCCGGGAUACUCCGAUCCUUGACUUUCAGAUGGGAGGGAGCCUGGGGAAAAGUGGCCUGCGAUCCCCGCCGACGGUGCUCUUCAGGCGGGAAGCCAUGGAAUUGGAACCGCGGGAACCCGAGUUGAAGAGACCCAGACUUGGCGAGAAUACCGGAAGGAAGAAGGCCGUUAUGAAGAAUCGCAGAGGAAAGGACCUGACGGGGGUUUUGGAGGAGUUUCUUUGAAUACAUAAAAUAGAACUAUUUUAAUAAUUAAUGCAAGAUUCACCGCCGAGAAUCGAUAAACGCAGACUUCCCC